CGACUUACAGAGCGGCACGUUUGUAAUAAAUGUGUCCUCUGUCAUCUUUUGGGAUGCCAUAAUAAUAUAACAUAUUUAAACCACGACGAUUUAAAAAUGUCGAAUUAAGAAGGCGUUAGAUGUAAUAUAGUCUUGUGUCGAAGCUGUUUCUAAGGGCCUAGAAAAGACAAUGGCGGCGGCAGUGGAAACAUCUUGCUCGGAGUUCCUGAACUGGGAGGUUGAAAGUUCAGUUUGUAACGAGUCAAAACAAAAGAAACAGCUGUCUGCCUCGCAAAGAAGAUGCUACAACUUCUAUAGGAGGAAGUCAUUUGCUGCCUUUGUAGCAUCCGUGCAGAAUGUUUGUCAAGUUAAAGGAAGCACGUCCUGGUGCUGCUGUGGCCAGACCUUCAGCGAACACUCUGCCAUCCACAAACACGUGGCUAAAAGUCAUAAUUCUGAAGUACAGCAGCUCACUGAGGCCGCGUAUGAGCAUCUACUAAAACAGCUGGAACAAGAAGCUGAGCCGCCAAAAGAAUGCAAAGCUGAAGUAGCAGACAUUUCUGUAUGGAUACCAGAUAUCAGCCAAGUCUCUGAGGAGAACCUGAGAAAAGCUCCUGGAAAGGUUCUCCUUUAUUAUCAUUACUGUCAAGUGGAUGAUCCCCAUGUUAUCUGUGCUUGGCAGAAAGCUUUAUGUGAAAAGCUUCACUUAACAGGCAAGAUUAGGGUGGCAGCAGAAGGCAUCAAUGGGACAGUUGGAGGUACCAAUGUGGCCACUGAUAUUUACAUCAGUGCAAUGCUCUCACAUCCUGUCUUCAAGAUGGAAAAAGAAGAUUUUAAGACCAGCGAUGGAGGUGCUGAGUGUUUUACAGACCUGAAGGUUGGAGUCUUUAAGGAGAUUGUCCCAAUGGGGGUGGAUCCUGAUGCUGUGUCCUACAAGCUGGCAGGAACUCAUCUGGACCCUGAAGAGUUUCAUAAGGAAGUGGAAGCUCUUUUGGCUAACAGAGAUUCUAGCGACGACACCAUCCUCCUCGACUGCCGCAACUUUUACGAGAGCAAAAUUGGCCAGUUCACUCGGUGUCUGGCCCCAAACAUCCGUAAGUUCAGUUAUUUCCCAGACUACAUUGACCAGAACCUGGAGCUGUUCCGGAACAAAAAGGUUCUGAUGUACUGCACAGGAGGGAUCCGCUGUGAACGUGGAUCUGCCUACCUCUGCUCUAAAGAUGUGUGUAAAGAGGUUUACCAGCUGAAAGGGGGAAUCCAUAAGUACUUGGAGAGUUUCCCUGAAGGUUUCUAUCGAGGGAAACUUUUCGUCUUCGAUGAACGCUACACCAUCUCCUCCAACAAUGAUGUCAUCGCAGAUUGCAGGUAUUGCGGCCUUCCCUGGGACCAGUAUGAGCUUUGCAGCACCCAGUUCUGUUGCCAGCUGGUGUUGUCCUGUCCCAGCUGCAGAAAGAAAGGAUGCACCGCCUGCUGCCCAUCCUGCCAAAGGAAAGGAGAGACUCAAGACAAGGAGGCCUCUGAUGUUGAGCACCCCAAAGAAGAGUGCGAGUGCACUGACACACGGGCCAGAAUCCCUCAGGAUGUUUAACAACAUAAGAUCUGGAUUUAAAGUGUCUUAAUUAAUUAAUGGAAUAAAAACUAUGGAAAAUCCUGAGCAAACUUAUAAAAAACAUUUAUAAGAAUGUUGAAAAUGAAAUAAGAAACAACUAAAUAUAUUAAUUACUGAAACCUUUUAAUCAAAAUCUAAUGAGAAAUCAUAAAAGUACCUCCUGGAUCUAUGAAUUGUAUUCUUAUUUUAUGAUGUUAAUAUUCAGAAUGUACAGUCAGUUAUUAAAAAAUUUCAGAUAUG